AUGGCGGUAGAUAGGAUUGGAAGUUUACCAGACGAGAUUCUGAUUCACAUUCUCUCUUUUGUUCCCACCAAACAAGCCUUUGUCACAUCCAUUCUUUCAAAGAGAUGGACUCAUCUAUGGUGUUUUGUUCCCAAUCUUGACUUCAGUGACACGAAACUUAAAAAUGGCGAAGACAGUUCCCGCUUCAGCAACUUUGUCAACACCGUUUUUCACUCGCAAGAUUGCUUUGGUUCUCAUGCCAUCAACAGUUUCAUCCUCGACAUUGAUCACUUUUUCUCUGGACUUCUCCCUUGUGGAACUUACUAUAUCAACGGAUGGGUAGACAUUUUGGUUGAACGCAAAGUUCAAUAUCUCAAUCUCUAUCUUCAUGCUCCCGUUAAUUGGGAAGAAACAAUACCCCCUACGUUGCCUACUGCUAUAUUUACUAGUACAACCCUUGUUGUUCUCAAGCUAUGUUGGUUCUUUAUGGGUGUGGAUUUUCCUUUUCCUUUUACUUUUCCCUCACUCAAAACCCUACAUUUGAAAGACUUCUACUUCCAUCAACAAUCUGAUUUUUUUAUGCUUCUAGAUGGAUGUCCAGUUCUUCAAGAUCUUCAACUGUCUAAUAUAAACCGGGGCCAUUUCGAUUUCGCUUCUUUACUGUAUUUAAGCAGCUCAAGAUUAAAAAAUUUGAACAGAGCAGAUAUUAUCGAUUGUCAUUGCAUUUUUCCGAUGAAAUCGCUUUCAAAUUUGGAGUUUCUACGUAUACAACUAUUGGAGUAUGAUCAGCCUAAUGACUUCCCUACAUUCCAUAAUUUGAUCCAUUUGGUGAUCAACUACGACGGGGAUAUAGUUGUACAAGUGCUCCACCAUUGCCCUAAGCUUCAAAAUCUUGAACUUUAUCGGAAGUUACAAGGCUGUAAUUGGGAGGAUGAGUUCAUUGAAGAAGAUGAUCAAGAAAAUUGGGUGGAUUCCGAAUUUGUUCCACCUUGCUUUUCGUUAAACCUUACAACUUGCACUAUUCGGGACUUCGCAUUUGCAGGCCUACAACAUUGUCACAUUAUGUUAGCAAAAUUUAUUCUAAAGAAUGCAAGAGUUUUACGAACUAUGACUAUCUUGUGCAACAAGAAACAGUCUAAAGUAGAAAGACUAUUAUCCUCAUGUCCAAGGGCUUCUACAACAUGUCAACUUUCAAUUUAUUGA